CUAAUCUCUUCAGCUGCGAUUCCAACGAAGUAACACACACAGCAAAAACAGAGGACGGACGGAGCCACACUGAUUAUACCUAGACUAGAUGGGGAACACGCAACAGGCCGGCAUCAAGAAAGAUGAUCAUGGUCAUGGAGGCAGCUGCGACCAGCAUCCACAGGCGGCCUCCGUUGCCCCUGAUCAGCUCGGGGCCGGCGUCGAGGGAGAUCAUCAUGGCGGCUGCAGCCGCGACCAGCAGCCACAGGCCGGCGCUGCAGAUAGAGCACGAAACCAGCUGCAGCCUCUCGCCGGAGAGCAUGACGUUGAGACCAGCGCCUCCAUGUUGAAAAAUUGCGAGAAAAACUGUGCUACAAACGGAGAAGGCAGAAGCAGCAAGAUAGAUAGUCUCCCGCCUGCUGAGCUGUCCGAGCCAGACGGCCGGCAGUUUGUGCUAUACAGUUUACCGGUUGCCAAAGGGUGCAUUGGAGACGGUGAUGGCUUCACUGCUUAUGUGAAGAAGGCUGCGGGUGUGGCUGUCAGCGGAUCAUAUAAGAAAGGUGAUACAAAGAACCGAGCUUCACAGAAAUACCGCAUUAGAAUGAGGGGAAUUGAUGCACCGGAGCUAGAAAUGGAACACGGGGAUGAGGCAAGGAAUGAGUUGGUGAAGCUUAUUGCCGGAAAGUGUGUUACGAUCAAUGUGUAUGGGACGGACCAAUAUGGAAGAUAUCUUGGUGACAUCUACUGUGACGGAAUCUUCAUCCAAGAAGAAAUGUUGAAAAGGGGAUUCGCCUGGUAUUUCAAAACAGGCGAGACACGUACCGAAUUGGCAAGAUGGGAGAACGAAGCGAGAGAGGCACGCCAAGGGCUUUGGUCAUCAGAUAAUCCUCAAAAACCAUGGGAGUGGAAGAGGGAUCACCCACGCAACCAAAACAACAAAAAGGUUGAAUUGAAAAGUCAAGGCAAGGAGAGCAUUGAAACCCUACCAUGGCUGAUAAGUAAAGAUAUGGAGACCCUUGGUAAGGAAUGGAAAAAUAAGCUAGAAAAAAUUGUGGCAGACAACGUGGAACUAAAUGAUCAUCUCCUGGAGUUGGAGAGAAAUAAAAAGGAGGCCGAAGAACGAGCUAAGGAGUUAGAGAAUGAAAUGGAAACCAUUAUGGUUGACUACACAAAACUAAAUGAUCAGCUCGAGGAGUCAAAGAAGAAUAAAAAGAAGGCGGAUGAUCGUAUUUUGAAGUUGACCUUUUUUUCCGAAAGGGUUGUGGCCAUAAACCUGGAUUUGCAUGAUAAGCUAAAGAAGUUAAAGGAGAAGAAUGAAAAGGCCGAGGACCGAGUUAAGGAGUCAGAGGAGGAAAUGGAAAGUGUUUUUGCUGUCAACAGGGAACUGAAUGAUCAGCUCCGGGAGUUAAAGAGAAAUAAAAAGGUGGUCGAGGACCUAGCUGCGGAGUUGAAAUUUUCUUAUGAUAGUGUUGGGGCUAUAAACAAGGAUUUGCAGGGUGAGUUGGAUGAAUUGAGGAGGAAGAAUAGAGAGGCUGAGGACCGAACGAAGGAGUCAAAGAAAGAAAUGGAAAUUGUUGUGGCUGACAAUAUGAAACUGAAUGCUCAGAUUCAGAGAUUAAAUAACAAGGUUUCUAACAAUGCUAGAAACAGUAAAAAGAAACUGCAGAUUGUUAAAGAUAUAAACAAGGAUUUGAAUGAUAAGCUUCAGGAGUUGCAGAAAAAUAAUGAAAAUGCAAAGGACCAAGCUGAGGAGUUAGAGAAGGAAAUGGGAAAUGUUGUGGCUGAGGAGCGAAACUUACAAGGCAUAAUGCAUGAAGAGAGUGAACAAGUUGUAGAGACCCCAGUGGCACCACCUCCUCCAGCCAAGGGUUCUGGCGAGAAAGAUGUCGUGUGGCGGAAGAAAACGGCUGCAACGACAUCUUCGACACCUCGAUCUGAGGGUCACUGUGAAUAGAUAUGACCUACAUGUUAAAGUCAAGCUCUUCGAGUGUACAAGUUCAAUGGGUUAUAUGUUGCACUAAAAAUAUAUUAUAUGCUAUAGAAUUCCUAUGACAUAUCGAUAUCGUGGGGCCAUCCA